CCCAGACUAAUCCUCCCGCUGGUUGUGCUCAAUCAAUUUCUCCCCGUAUUUGGGAUGUCGACCCGUAGUUAUCAAGGCUGUUGGACCUGCAAGCGUCGUCGGCGACGCUGCGACAAUGUUCGCCCGGCAUGUCGAAAUUGUGCUCACCGAGGCACUGAUUGUGAAGGCUACGAGGUACGAUUGCGCUGGGGCAGCGGCAUUGCCUCGCGUGGUCGAUUUACCGGUGCAGAUAAGCCAUUGGAAGAGAAUGUUCCGCCGAGGCCAAAGGGAAGACGGAGAGACUUGAGCAGGGAAAGGAAGAGGCUCGAGGCCGAGACUCAGGCCCAGAGAGCUGUUGUAGAUUUCCAUGACAUGAUUGCUCAACUGGAGGAGGUAUCGCCAAAGACAGGUCGUUCGGAGCAUGAUGAGAUGCUCUUCAACGAAUUUUUGGCAAAGGGAAUGAACAUUCUUCAUUCAACGGGAGCACCUCACAGCAUGCUACAAUCUAGACUUCCCGAGUUGUGUCAAGAGUCCAGCGCCUUGUAUAACAUCUGUCUUACAUUCCAACUCUCUCUAUCUGCGACCCACACACCCCAAUUCUUCGAAUAUUUUGAUACUUCGCUACGGGAAUUCCGUUCCGAGCUAGCUCGCUCCACAAUACUCUCCGAUGGGACACUGACCGCGGGGCUUCUAAUGUGUAGUAUUGGCUUGAUGCACGGAAUGCCUUGGACAAUGCACAUAGAAGGCAUGCACAACAUCUUGCAAAGCUGCAGUCAAGACAGCCCACGUGGUAUAUCGACCCCAACUCCAUUUCGAGCACACCUCCUUGAGGUCAUGGGGCUCAUGGACCUGCCCUGUUUCACAGUAGGGCGCCAGACACGCCCGAUCGGCAUUUGGCGCCGCUUCUGCCAACCGACAGGACCGAGGAACGGCAUAGAGCCAAUGACUGGACUACCGCGCGGUCUUUUGGACCUACUUGCAGGGAUUAACCUAGAUACAACGGAGCAGAAUUUUUGGGAUUGGCCUGGAGAAGCAGGGAGCUUUUUGCAGUGCUAUCUGUGGGAAGCAUAUCGACUCGCGGGGAUUCUGACUAUCCGCCAAUCCGAGCGCCUGCAGAAAGCGGUUUCAGGGAGCCCUCGGAAUCUGUCAACGUGGCGGCGUUCGAAUUCCUGCCCGAUAGACUCGAGCAUGUUAGUAGCUCGUGUUCUGGCUAAUGUUGAUGCUCUUCGCUUGGGAUGCCUCGAGCGACCGGAUGAAAACCCUUUCAUCAAGAACUCAAUUCUUUUUCCGAUUGUGGUUGCAGGCAUGGAAGCAACCAUCAUGCGUCAGAAUCCACAGUGGCAGAAAGUUAUUCGCGGAUGCUCCUUAGGAUCGCGUCAAGAUGAUAUUCUUCUUGACCUCCUGGAAGAAGUCUGGCAACGGGGCGAUUCUACACUUGAUAUUAACGAGCUCGCCCGCGCAAGGGGUGUUGAAAUGGGUCUGCUGUGACAAUUUGAUGAAACGAC